AUGCACAUGCGACGACGCUCCUCUGUGACCCCAACAGGUCAGGUCCGCUCCAGCUCGGGCAGCCGAAAACAGUCGCUGGUCGAAGCGGCCGAAGCCCAUUUCGACAAAAACACCGUCAUCAUGAUUGUGAAUGUUGUCAUCUUAUUAAUCUUGAUCGCCAUUUUGUAUUUGAUCGCCACUUCGACCAUGAAUGUGGCUGUGAACCAUCCCUACACUGGACAUGAACACUACUACAAACAUGACAAGGAAGGACACGUCGAAAACUAA